AUGAAAAAAACAGCCGAGAAUAAACCAUCUAAAUCACAUUCUUCACAGCUACAACAGCAGCAACAAGCGUCAGCAAUUUCGCGGCAGGUGCUAAAACCAGGCGCACCGUCGUCCUCUGCUCAGGCGGAAAGUAGCAGUGGCAGCAGCAAUGGCAGAACGCUUCUUCGACGAACAGAAUCGGAUUCUGCUCAAGUGGCACCUCGGCAAAAAACGGCGCAACCACUACGGAGCAGUAAAAUCUCACAAAAGCUUGUAUUGUUUCCCCCAAAAUCCGUUGAACCAUCAGCGGUUGGUUUGGAAAAUGUCCUUCCUUCGCCAACUAAACCAGAAUUAAACCAUUUCGAGCAUCUUCAUGAAGAAGAGGAAGAAGAACGACGACAACGACAACGACAACAGCAAGAUUGGCAACAGCAACAACAGCAUGAAGGAUGGAGUCCUUCCAACGAAGAACGAGAGACAGCAGAGAUUCUACGACCGUCGUACGGUUAUCGAACAGAAGCAGAGUACAUGACACAAGACGAGCGCGAUCUUGCUAAUCUUCCUCGGGUCACAGCAUAUUCUACGGGCGAAGGUUACUCGUUGGGUCCUCUUCGUCAAUUUUUACGUCAGCAUCAUCGCGUUACUCCCAGACUAUACGACGAGUGUUUAUAUGCGGCAUAUCACUUUCCAUUAUUGACGAUGCGUCCUGGUAAAGAAAACUUGCUCAACGUGCGUGUACGUAGCGCGUCUCCACUUACUGAGAGCAUUUCCGACGAUAGCGAAAUGGAUUACGACGAAGAUACAUACGAACAAAACGGCAUGGAUACAGUCGGAUCGCAUUUGCAUGAACACGAUGAGGACAUUGCUGUCAGCCCUGUUCGUCACUACAACAGUAGCAGCCACAACGGAAGACUGCAAUCAUCCAUCUCAGCGCCUGUUUCUCCAGUAAAAGAAGAUAUUCCAACAUCCCCCAUAGCGACAAUGGCUACAGAAGCACCAACAACAACAGCAGAACCAUCAGCUAUUACGCCUACGACUCCGCGACGUGAUAGCAUAUUUUCCGGCGGCGAAGUUUUUCUUUUCGACUAUGGUGUGGUUGUAUUUUGGAACUUCAAUCGGGCUCAGGAGAUUUUGAUGCUUGAGGAUUUUGCACAGUUCUCGUUGCGUCCGUUCCGAGAUAAUCCAGAUGAAGACAUGCAGAUUGAAGAAAUGCACUUUCAAUACGACGUAUCUCAAGUCAAGCCUCGCAUCUUCAACGAUAUGAUUACGUUAAAAAGCAGCAACCAUAUGAUCAAGUUAACUCUGUCUCAUGGAUUAUCACAAAGCGCGACUGGACGGCUAGUGAAAAAUAGAGUAGAAAUCACCAAGGUUAACGGUCAACUAUUCAGCUUGCGCAUGAAUGUCAAUUUGGUUUCCAAUGUCCUUGACACACCGGAAAUCUUUUGGUCCGAGCCUGCUUUACAACCCAUGUAUAACGCUAUCAGAGAUUACCUGGAAGUCCCGCAACGCGCAAAAAUUCUGAACGAUAGACUGAAGGUUAUCUCUGAUUUGCUUUCCAUGCUCAGAGACCACCUUACGAACUUUGGAGUGGAAUAUCAGACGCUGAUCAUCAUCUACCUCAUCAUCAUCGCUGUUAUUGUUGCAUGCUUUGAAAUCGCUGUCAAGGUACUGCAAACAAUGCGUGUGCUCUAA